AUGGCUGUACCCCAUAGCAUUCCUCCUCCAACGGCAGCCCCCAUCGAGACUAAAGACCAAGUUUUCGCCCGCAGCAAGGCAUUUUGGGAUAACUAUCUCCAGGGUCGCCCACAAGUUCCGCAGAGCUUCUUCCAACGCAUCUAUCGCUACCACUUGGAAAAUGGCGGGCGCUUUGGGACAGUCCAUGACCUUGGUGCGGGAAUUGGCCCGUACGCAAAGGAGCUGCGGUCAAAGUUCGACCACGUUAUUGUAUCCGAUAUUGUGCCGAAAAACGUGCAGCUGGCCGAGGAGCACCUCGGACGAGACGGCUUCAGCUAUCGCGCCGCGCCAGUCGAAGACGCAGCCGACCUGCCGCCCGGAAGUGUGGAUCUGGCCUUUGCGACCAAUGUCAUGCACUUUGCGGACCAGCAAGCGGCAAUGGAGGCGAUUGCGACUCAGCUCCGGCCGGGAGGCACCUUUGCGUGCGCAGGCUUUGGUCCCGCGCGCUUUGACGACCCCGAUGUCCAGGACGUGUGGGAGCGGAUCAGCCAGCAGGGCGGUCGAAUCCUUUUGGACAUGGCGGACCAUCCGCAGGACACCAUUGACGUCAUGAGUCGUAGUUCGAAAGAAUACAAUGUGGCUCCUCUGGAGCGGCGGUGGUUUCGGCCAGGAGCGCUGCGCAUCCGGCUGAACAUGGCCCAGGGCGGCAUUACUGGCCUGCUACCGCCCGAACGACAGCAUGAAGUGACGGAUCCAGACUUCUCAGGCCCUAGUGAUGUCGUCGUGUAUGAAACUGAUGAGGAAUGGCGCUUUCAAACCGACUUUGAGGGUUUCCUGCAGCAUUUCCGUUCGUUUCCUCACGCAGGGGUCAAUCCAGCGGCCUUUACAGGACUGUUGCAGGAGCUAAAGGACCUCAUGGGCGAGGGGAGACGUCUCCAUGGCUGUUGGCCAGCUACUUUGAUUCUCGCAACGCGGCGUUAG